AUGUCUACUUAUGACCAGGUUGAGAUUGAAGACAUGACUUUUGAUCCCGAUACCCAGAUAUUCACGUAUCCAUGUCCGUGCGGUGACAAAUUUCAAAUAUACAUCGACGAUUUGUAUGACGGGGAAGACAUAGCGGUGUGUCCGAGCUGCUCGCUCAUGAUUCAAGUCAUUUUCGAGCAAGAAGAUCUGCAGGAAUAUUACGAAGAAGCCGGUUCACAGCCUCCCGCGCCAGUUCCUGUUGCUGCAUAA